AUGGCCGAAAAUAAUAAACGGAUUAUCUGUACGGUAAUUAGCUUGACCUUAAUGAACCUGCUGAACAACAUGGAUCGUGUGACUAUAUCAGGUGUUUUACCUGAUAUCAAGAAGGCCUUCAGCCUCAACAACACCCAAGCCGGCUUAAUCCAAACUGUUUUUGUUAUUAGCUACUUGAUCAGUGCUCUAAUUUAUGGCUUCUUGGGCGAUCGCUACAAUCGCAAAAUUUUGAUGUUUACAGGAUUAAUUAUUUGGUCAUCCGUGACGUUUGCUUCUUCUUUCGUAGCAGAUGGCUAUCAGCAUUAUUGGUUAUUCUUGGUGCUGCGUGGAUGUAGUGGCAUUGGUGAAGCUAGUUAUGGUAUUAUUGCUCCUACAAUUAUCGCUGACCUAUUUACCAAUAGAAUGAGAUCGCUCGUACUGGCAAUAUAUUAUUUAGCUGUUCCAAUUGGAGGAGCCCUAGGGCUAUACAUUGGAACAUUUGUAGCAAUGGCUGCUAAAACUUGGAGAGCUGCUUUCUGGGUGUCACCUGGUUUAGGAAUUUUAACAGCGGUGUUUAGCAUAUUAUUUAAUGAAAAUCCCCCACGCGGUAAAGCAGAGGUAGAAUCAAACGUGACACAAGAUUGGCAUGGCUUUGAAGCUACCACAUGGAUAUCUGAUAUAAAAGCAAUCCUCAAAACGCCAACAUAUGUAUUGUCUAGCCUGGGAUACGCCUGCCAGUUCUUUACUCUAGGAGCAUUAGCAUUUUGGAUUGUAUCCGCCUUAUACUACUUACAGCUUAGCUUAACCGGUUACGCUACUUUAUCUCAAACCGGAUUAUAUUUUGGUAUAAUACUGUGCUUUGGUGGUAUAGCUGGCGUAUUAACUGGCGCUGGAGCCGCAAGUUAUUUAAAAGAAAAUGUGAUUAAGGAAGGUGAUGCUAUUGUAUGCGCAGUUGGUAUGGCUACAUCUGGGAUAUCACUGUACCUUUGUUUAGUAUUUGGUGAAUUCAGCAUAGUCAUAGCAUGGGUUUUCGUAUUCAUGGGCUGCUUCGCCAUUUUCUUACUCACCACUCCUAUUACAGAUAUAUUAUUGUAUACUAUACCACCUGCCAGACGUUCAACAGCAGAAGCCUUUCAAAUUGCUGUAGGUCAUUUACUCGGGGAUGCUGCUAGUCCUUACAUUGUUGGAGCGAUAUCGGAUGCAAUCACCAUAAAUAAAAGCCCAGUUGCUCAAUCCUACGCUCUAAGAUAUUCUCUAUUGAUUUGUACAUUUGUUUGUAUGCUUGGUUGCGGCUUUCAUUUAUUUGCAUCGUUAACUCUGGUAAAUGAUAGAGAAAAAAUGCUUCGACUUAUUGGCGAUAACGAUGUAUUAGUAGAUGACCAACAGGUUGUAUCUGAAAAUAGCGAUAUAUUACAGGAGGUCAGUACUAACAAACUAGUCGACAUUAUCAUUUGUUGA